AUGGACAACGGAGAAGGAUCAACGCUUCCUGAGGGUCCCCAGCGUCGGAUGGGUGUGAUCCCUUUCCAGAUGGCGUCGCCUGCUUCCGCUGCGGCGCCUCUGCACACCCCCGCGCCCCCUCAGGAACCACAGCCUUGCAACGGGGUCAUUCCCCUUCAGAUGGCGUCGCCUGCUUCCUCCGCGGGACCUCUGAGCCCCCCUGCGAGCCCUCACGAGCAGAGGCGUCCUGGCAGCCCUUCCCCGGGUGCCAUUUCAAGGACUGACGCCUCUGCUGCGAUUUGGAACGCCUGCGCCCACGCGCCUAAGAAGCGCCGCAUCGGCCUGUUCCUAGCUCUCGCUGUGAGGGACGGCACGUGUCAAUGUUGUCCUUCUCCCGAUCCUACCACCGACAACCAGGGUCCCCCGCACGGGAUUACCCCCCUGGUGGGCCCCGCCACAGCUCAAGCCACAUCUUUCGGAUCCUCCAACAUCCGAAGCCAGCACACCGACGGUGCUCGGCAAUCCCACGACCAGAUUGCGGAGUCCGGUCAACCCCAGGAUGGGUCACAGUCCGGGGAAGAUUUGGCUCCGCAUGACGGUUGCCCGGAAUGGCUGGAGACCAAGGAGUACCUCGCUACUUCGUGGUGGCCCUUUUACGAGGUGGAGGCGCCACUCAUUGACCAGAUUCCACUGGCAGCCAGGAGUGCGCCAGCUGUUGAACAGCUCGCCCAGGCUGCUACGGAGUACGAAUACCCUUGGCCCAGCCAUCCGCAGGGUGAAAAGCGCAUGGAACCCGUGGAAGAAUGGACAGCGCGCAAGAAGCAGAUCACGAGAGACAUGGUCUACAAGGGCUGGUCUGAUCUGCUUGCUUGGAUUGACCGGAUCCAGCCAAUCGCACCCACCGGGUGCGUCGGGCAAGUCGCAGAGGAAACGGUGCGCAAGGCCGAAUCUGAGUUGCUUGCCCGGGAUGAGUCAAUCCCAGCCCAGCCUGUCCAGGCAACCCACGUGCCCGUUCCAGCGCAACCAGUCUUGGAAGUGCACACCGAGAGCGUCCAGACCGAGGAGGCGCCUACUCUGGAAGUUGGGAGUCAACCCGCUGUUCCGCAGCCAACUCCCAUCGUCCCAGAGCCCUCCGCCGAGGUCCCGCUCGAGGCGGCUAUGAGCGUGCCAGCUGUUCCGCAGCCAGCUCUAGCCAAGAAAGCGUGCUUCGAGACUGUUCCGACAGCAGUGCCUACCCAGGCAACCACGAGUGAGCCCGGUGAUUCUCAGCCGCUCCAGACUGUUUUGGCCGCCAAAGCGAAGGUCGCCACCGACGGAGUUGUGCGUGAGCUUGCUGCCUCGCAGCAAGCCCCCACUGCCUCGGAGCCUUCGAGCCAGACAGUCACGAGCGCUGUGGCCCAGCCGACUCCGGUUGUUCUGGAUGGCACGGAGAAGGUCGCCGUCCAGGCAGUCGUCAGUGAGCCUGCUCUCUCCCAGCAGGCUCCUGCUGCCCUGAAGCCUUCUCCGUCGGAAGAAGAUGACUCUGCUCGGUCUGACUCUGACGACGACGAAUGGUGGCCUGCUCUUCAAUGGCAGGCCACUUCGGAGUCAGACCCGUCUGACGAAGAAUGGUGGCCCGCUUUUGAAAGCCAGGCCCCUUCGGAGCGGACUGGGAUUCGCCAACGCCGACCAUGCCCGGAUCCUACCCUCUUGACACGCUCGAUGAGGUUGUGGAGGCUCCAGCUGCUACGGAGCUGGCCCCCACCCGAUCAAAGUCGACGUCGCCAACCUCCACUGGGGAAGGCCCGAUCAAGCCGCCUGCUUCUAGGCCGGCUCGGGAGGAACCAGACUGGAGUUGGCUGA